AUGGGUUUGAGGUACGCCUGGUCCUCGUGGAGGGUUCUUCUACUUGUUUUUGUAGCUGAAUUUGCUUUUCAUGGCUUCACUUAUGGAGAGAAAGCUUCUAAUUACAACUUCAUACAAGAAGCAACCUCUGCUCCAAUAGUCUCAUUCUACGACUACAUAAUCAUUGGUGGAGGAACUGCUGGCUGUCUACUGGCCGCAACUCUGUCUCGAAAUGCAACUGUUUUAGUCUUGGAAAGAGAGGGGUCUCCAUAUGUCAACAAGACCAAGAUAAGGAUAGAGAACACUUUGUCUACUCUUACAGAUACCUCUCCCGAUUCAUUCUCUGAAGCAUUCAUCUCCGAGGAUGGAGUGGUUAACAUCCGACCACGAGUGCUUGGCGGUGGAACAGUGAUUAACGCAGGGUUUUACUCCCGUGCGGAAACAUUCUUCCUAAAGCAAAAUGGAUUGGAUGAAGCAUUAGCAAAGGAUUCAUACGAGUGGGUUGAAAGGAAGUUGGUAUCCAAGCCAGUCGUGUUGCAGUGGCAAUCUGCAGUAAAAGAUGGGUUGCUUGAAGUUGGGGUUUUGCCAUAUAAUGGGUUUACGUAUGAUCAUAUUAUUGGGACUAAAAUUGGUGGCAGUAUUUUCGAUGAAAACGGAAAUAGACAUACCGCAGCUGAUUUGCUUGAGUACGCUGAUCCAAAUAGCAUUAAGGUUUACUUGCAUGCUGUUGUGCAGAAGAUCACGUUUACAACAAAAGUUGGAUUGAGACCAAAAGCUCAAGGGGUGAUCUUCUACGAUGCACAAGGAGUAAGGCACAUGGCACUCUUGAAAAAUGGGUCCAUGAGUGAGAUAGUUUCAUCAGCAGGUGCAAUUGGAAGUCCACAAUUGUUAUUGUUGAGUGGUAUCGGGCCCGCCCUUCAGUUGGAGGCACUUGGUAUCAAGGUGGUGUUGAACCAAGCAAUUGUGGGUCAAGGGAUGGCUGACAAUCCAUUAAAUGGUCUCAUAAUUCCUUCUCCUGUGCCUGUUGAGCUCUCACUCGUGACAAGUGUGGGCAUCACGAAAUUUGGUUACGAUAUAGAAUUUGCCAGUGGGUUUGAUUUUUCUGCCCUUUCUAUUGCUCAAAGUCCUGCCAACUUCAAUCAGAUACUUCAUGCAUUGAUUAUUUUACUAAUCGAAUCCUGA